GGAGGCGGGGUGGGUCUGGCCGGGAAGGGGCCGAGGCCCUGGAGCGUGAGCGGAGAAGGGUGACCCGGACUCGGAAUACCAUAAACGACCCGUCAAGCGUGGCAGCUCGUCAGGGCCGCUGUCAAAGUCAGUCCGCCCAUCAACCCCCAGACAAGCCAGCCUCCUAUCCACCAAAACAGGCUGUGUAAGAAGUCCAGCUACUGUCGACUGAAUUUUGAAAAAGAUACACUCGUGUCAUUUUUUGUGUCCUCCUUCUGCUAUGCACACAGUAGGUGUCCAGUAAUUUAUGUAAUUAUCCGAGAGUCAAUUGCAGGGGAUGGAAUAGAAUGUUGAUGAUUGAGAAAAAAAUAGAGGGUAAAGCCCUGGUGUGUGACGCCUCCAUUUCCGUACGAAUUAUGUGUUGACCGCUUGUUGGAUGCGUGGGAAGGUGCUUGAGCCUCAACAGCAAGUGGAAGUGAGUUCAAAGAAAGAUACCCCAUGGCCUAGCAAGUGGGUUAUGAGCAGCGUUCGGAGAACUAUACUGUGUGAUGUUUUCGCUAAUUUUCUUCUCAGCCAGGAUCUGGUGAUUUUGAAGAGAAGCUUGACCAACCAAGAUGAAAAUCCCUGCUUCCUUUACCUAAAGUGUGGCCCUGAUGAAGGUGAAGAAAUUGCUUCUAUUGGCAUUUUAAGUUCAGCAAGAAAUAUGGAAGUGUACUUUGGGAAGGAUUACUGUGGAACCAGUAGGGGCAAGAAUGUUUGUACUGUUCUGGAUGACAGCGAACAUGAAAAGAUUAUCUUGUACAAAAAAUAUCUAAAAUUGGAGCCCUCCAGACAUGCUUGUAAAAUAAAGUUGCUCUCCUUUGGCGAAAGGCAGUGUGUGUUCAUCAGUAAAGUUGUGGUACACAUGAGAUCAGUUUUGGCAAGUUCUUCAACAAGUUCUCCUGCUCUAGGAUCAAGGAUAGACCUUCACAAGGUCCAAACCAUGAUGGAGUCCAUGGGGUCAAAGUUAUCUCCUGGAGCUCAGCAGUUGAUGGAUAUGGUUAGGUUUCAGCAGCAGAAUUGUAGUCCCAUUGGAGAGCAGCUUCAUUCGGUGUUGGCCAAUACUGGAUACAAGCAUAUGAUUGGACUACAACCCUCAGCUACCUUAGGAACCUUAGACAAGUCAUCCUCCACACCUUUUCCUUUUAGAACUGGAUUGACAUCUGGGAACAUGACUGAAAACUUACAAACUUACAUUGAAAAAAGUACACAGCUACCUGGUGGAGAAAAUUCUACAAAGCUUGAUGAGUGUAAAAUUGUGCCUCAAAACCAUUCCCCUCUUGAAAAUGAUCUUAAAAAUGCAAUGUCUUGUUUCUUACCAAAGAAAGCAAGUGACAACUCAAAUAUACCUAACUCUGAGUUGCUGCCUUUUCUCCAGAAUUUAUGUAGUCAAGUUAACCAUCUCCGUGUGGGAAAUAAGACCGAAUGUCGGGAAAACUUCACCAAGCAUGGUGAACACAUUCUUGGUGUUGGGAUGGAAGAUCAACCUGUUUUUUCCUACUUGGAAAAGAUUCUUUCUAAAAAUAUGGAACUGAUGGAAAAGAAACUUAUGGAUUACAUUGAUCAGCGAAUAUAUAAACUCCAGGAACACAUUGAUGAUAAGAUUGCUUUGUUAAUGGACUUGCUGCAAAAUCCCAACUCUCCGCCCACUGGGAUGCCUCUAAGACAUUAUGACUCUGGAGAAAGACUUUCAAAUGGAGAAAGAUAAGCACUCAACAUAAAACAGUGUACUGCAGAUAUUUAUUACAUAUUUAUUACAAUGCCAAAACCCAAAAAUAUUUAAGAAAAGCAAGUAUUUAAUGUCCUUUUAGAGAUCAUUGUCUUAUAUAAAGUGACCUCAGUUUUCAUUUUUAUUACACUUGUUAUUUUAAAUCCAGUAUUGUACACUGAGUUAAUAUGAUACAAAUUACUUUUGCUCAUGAUAUUUUUCAGUCUUACAGAAAUUUAUGUAUACUUGUGUUUAAAAUGCUUGAGGAUUUCUAAUAUAGUUCAUUAGUUUGUAUUGUAUGUGUGUUUAAGUAUAAAUUUUAUUUACGCAAAUAUUUUAUAGUCUUAGAAAUAUGAAAAAUGAUCCUUAGAGUAUUUGAUUUUUUUUUCUUUUUCUAAUUAUCUUGGGAAAUUGGAUACUUCAGACUAGGAGCCUUUAAUUCAGAUUAUUAAUUUACAUUUUGUAUUGUUUAUCUGAGAUAAUAAAUAAGGUAUGAUAUUUGGGAUGUGUAAAAUUAGCUCACUCUGGGCCUGUUAAUACUAUUUGUUUCAUUACAGAGUUGCUCUGGGUAGGAGAGUAAACAUCAGAGCCAGCCUAGUCCUUGUUAGGAUUAGUACUUUGGAUUUAAUGUUUCCUGUAAAACAGGUGCAGUCAUCUUGUUUGACCUCAGUAACCCCAGACAGUAUAAGAAAACCUCUUCUUUUGAGCUGAUACAGGUUUUCUCCCCAGAAUUCUUUUCUGGCAUGUUUAUUGUGUGAAAUACUGAGGCUCCGCAUGGAAGGAUGAAUACAUAUGAGUCAAGAGAUUGCAAUUCUCUCUGGUAGACUUAGUUUUCAGAUUUUAUAACUAUUGUAUAUGUGUUGAAAGGUGAUAUAUUCGCAUAUAAAAAUAAAUAUACCUGUUCUGGAAACUACUUGUCUUUAGUUAGUAGAACUGUUUUAUUUUCAACUAAUCUUUGCUUCAAAUGUUUUAUCUUUUAGAAAAAGGAUAUCUCAUACUCCUUUAAUGUUUUGGCAUAUUUGUUCUUUAAAAGUGUUAACUGAUGUAAUGCCUGCAUGACAUAGUUGAAUUUCUACCCUGCCCUAACUCUGCGUAUCUUUAAGAAACAGAAUGCCUGUGAAAAAAGUUCCCUUUGUAACCAGACCAGUGGAGACUGAUAACAAGUAGGAUACCUGACCAGAUGACUUGAAAAAGACCUCAGCCUUAUUAUAAUCUUAUUUCUGUGCUAAAUGACACUCCCACUAGUGCCAUGACAGUUGACAGUCGCCAUGACAAUGACCAGAAGAAGCCAUGAAAAGACAAAAAGAAAGGCAGCACUCUCGUUUUAGGAAGCUUGCUGCCCAUUUCUGAAAAAUACAUGAAUAUUCCUCCCUUUGCUUUAAUAUGCAACAGCUUUAUUAGAUAAAUUAUAUUUUAACACCCUCAAUCCUCAUUAGUUGAGAAGCUGAUUUGCGAGCCAUGCUCCAGCUUCUCAAUUCUGUGGCCAUUGAAUAAAACCUGCACUGUUUGUCACUCA